AUGCCGCCUUUCACGACGCCGAGGGCCGACGCGCGUCGCCAUCAGCAGCUACAGCAGCGGCAGCGGAGUCGCGCGCCGUGGCUCUCCGGCUGGAAUCGCCAGUGCCUCGCAGCGCUCAAUCUAGACGUCGCCUGGGCGCGCUUCGUCAAGGCAGUCGGCCGACGGUUUGAGUCUCCAAACAGGCCGGCUAAGUCCGGUUACUAUGCCGGCUGCUACGGAUGGCUAGCCGGUGUAGCGUUCGUCUGCGCGCUGCUCGUCGUCCUCGCGCCGCUUCUCCAGCGCCGCGCGUUCCUCUCACCCUCCGUCUUGCGCGCCGCGUCGUCCAUCGACCGCGAGGCGCUGGCGGUGGCGGUAGAGCGGCGCGGGCCGUACAUCGACUCCGCCGACAUCAGCGCCGCCGCCGCGUGGCCCUCCGCGCUCGACGACCUGCCGCCCGCGCGCGAGUUCGACGCGCGCGCGCGUGACAAUGGGGAUGCAGGCGGCGAGGGAGCGACAGGGAGGAAAGGGGAGGAAGGGGAGGGUGAAACGCGGGAGGAGCGGCGAGAUUUGCGUUGGGGGGAGCAGCAGGGGGAGGGGGAGCGGAGAAUGGGAGGGGACGCGGAGGCAGCGUGUGCGACAGGAGGCGCGGGGUGCCCGUAUCCCGACAUUGUUGUGCGCGCCAAGGGCCCCUUACACGCGCGCAUGGAGGCGGUGUGUGCAGGCUAUGCCAUCACGCAGCUGCUCGCCAUGAAGCUCUCCCCGCCCGUCGUUGACGCCGUCGGUGUCACCCAUCCCCACGGCCCCCUCUCUUCCUCUGCUGCUGGCGCUACUGGCGCUGCUGGCAGCAGUGGGGGCAGCAGCAGCAGCGGGGGAGCAGAGGGGUCAGGGGUGGGCGAGGAAGGCGUGAGGCAGCUGCGGCUGGCGGUGCUGUGGCAGCCGGACAGCAGCGUGUGGGACGCGCACUUCCACCACCUCUUCCAGCCGCUGCCGCUCUCGCCCUCCCUGCCUGACGACCAUGACGCACCGCACAACGGGUCGCAUAAUGACCCACGUGCUGCGGGUGCAGCGACGGUGGCAGUGCUGCAUGAGAAGCCGCUGUGGCUGCACUCGCCACUCUACGCUGAAGGGAGCACUGGUGGGCAGAGCACUGGUGGGCAGAGCACGGGACGAAGGCGACUGGCACAAGUGGCAGGGGGCAGCACAGGAAGUACGGGUGCCAGCAGCAGUGGCAGCAGCAGCGGCGGCAGCAGCAGCAGCAGCAGCGGUGGCGGUGGCAGCACAGUGUCUGUGAGCCUCCACCUGCUCUCGUCCCUGCGCAGCGCUGCUACUAGCAUGGAAGUGGCGCCAGGGUCAGAGGAGGCGAUGGAGCUGCAGGCGUCCAUGGCGGAGUGCUACGGCAUGCUGCACCCCUCGCCCGCCGUGCAGCAGCUCGUGGCACGCGAGAACCUCACUCACGUGCGCCACAGCACGGCCGUGUACAUGGAGGUAGCUGUUACGAUGCAACGUCUUGCUUCCUUCCACAUGCUCCUGCCUUCUCAUACACUCGCCCUUCAGUCAGUGCUCUGCUUUUGUGCCCCCCUUCGCUGCACCCAUCCCAUCCCUGCACCUAUGCAGCCGGUGUUAUCAGGCUGCACGGGGUGCGACGUCAAGCAGCUCGUCAACUGCACGGCUCGUCGCCUCAUGUGGCUCUUCCUCGCGCACCCCACCACCCUUACCACCAUCGCCGCCUUCUGGCCCUCGCAGGCCCUCGCCGUCGCCCACACCUUCCACCCCGCCCGCCAGCCGCACCUCCUCCGCACCACUCUGCACCGCUCUGAACAGUGCCGGCCGAACCCGCAGCGCGGGGAGAUGGCGGCGCCGCCCAUCGUGCCGCACCCGUGGACGCCCAAGCAGAUCGCAGAGAAGCGGCACCGCGCUGACAUGGCGAAGAAUGUCACCCGCGCCGAUGCUGCUGCCGCUGACGUGGCGAAGAGCGUGGCGAGCAGGAAGGAGCGCAAGAAGUGGCUGGAUAAGGCGGUGCAGGCGCAGGAGAAGGGGGACGUGAGAGGCACGGGCGAUGGGGGAGGGGAGGAGGGGAGCGGGGCAGGAGCAGUAGAGGAAGGAGCGGGAGGAGGGGAGGGAGGGAGUGCGAGCUUGAUACCUGGUGUGGAUGGGCCGGACGGAGGGGGAGAGGCCGGGGCGAUGGACGCAAAGGGCGACGCGCGGAGGGAGCGAGUGUUGGAGUUUCUACAGAAGAUGUACGGCCCGGGCAUGGGGGCGCGGCACAUGGGCAAGACGGAAGGCGAGCAAAGGCGACAGAUCAGGGCGAUGCUCAAGGAGCUCAUGGGCAGAGACUGGAAGGCGGUGCUGGCAGGGGAGGAGGCGGGGGAGAAGGAAGGCGAGGGGGACGGGGAGGGGGAGGGGGAGGGGGAGGGGGAGGGGGAGGGGGAGGGGAAGCAGAAUGUUUUUAGUUUGGUGCGAUUGCGACGUUUGCUGCAGUCUGAGGGGGGAGAGGAUGGUGACGAGUUGGGGGAGGGGAAUGAGGCGCAUGGAGGCAAGCGGCAGCAAGAGAGAGGGAGAAACAAGGUGAAGCAGCAAGGUGAGACAAGGGAGCAGCUUCGGAAGCAGAUGGAGGUGGCGGAGAGAGCAGUGGGUGAGAGGGAGGCGAGGGAGAGGGAGGAGGCGCAGAGGAAGUGGGAGGGGCUGGACGCGAAGCAGAGGUCCAUCCGGUGCUCCCAGCUGGAGGCCGCAGAGCUGUUCGCGCUCUCCCACGCGCCACGCCUCAUCCACCUGCACCACUCGCCGCAGGCCGACUUCCUGCACGCCCAUGCCAUCGCCCGCCGCGCCCAGGAGGCUUCGCAGGCUGCCGGUGGGGCUGUGGGGAGGGGGGAGCGGGGCGGCGGGGGGUGGGUGGGGGCGAUGGCGGAGGGCGUGGAGCGCGGCGAGGAGGUGGGGCUGGUGCGCGAGGAGACGGUGUGCCAGGCGCCGGCGACGAAGCCCAUCACGAAGCACCGCAUUGGGCACCAGCUGAUCGUGGAUGAGGACAUUGGCCUGCUGUACUGCUGGGUGCCCAAGGUCGCCUGCACCAGCUGGAAGGUGUGGCUGCGGCAGCAGCACCACGACAGCCACAGCAACGACCUGCUGUCCACGCACCGCCCCUUCGCCUCCAACAUCACUGAGCUGUGGUACGCGCUCUCCGAGCCGGCAGCCAUCCGCGCCGUGACGCGCCCCGACCUGCUGCGCUUUGUGUUCGUGCGACAGCCCUUUGAGCGCAUCGUCUCUGCGUACCUCAACAAGCACGUGGCGGGCGGCGGGCCCGAUGGAUGGGGCAGGAAAUUCUGGAAUUUGAACUUCUUCGGCCAUCUGGCGUACUUCAGGCAGAUGAACAACCGCACGGGUGGCAACUUCACGUUCCCGGAGUUCGUGCGCCUGGUGGAGUAUGGCAUGCGGUUCGACAGGCGCAAGAACAUGGACAACCACCUCGCCCCGCAGUCGUUGCUGUGCGGGUUGGACCGCAUAAGGUACGACCUGGUGGGGCGGUUUGAGCGCAUGGAGGAGGACGUGCAGGCCGUCAUGACACGCCUGGGCCGCCACCCGGGCGACGCGUUUGACUUCGGCAAGAAGAUCCACCCCACCAAGUCACGCGACCAGCUGCUGCAGCUCUACAGUGACGCUGCGACGUAUUUCAAGGUGAAGAGCACGUACGCAGCAGACAUGGAGGAGCCAUUCAAUGCCAUCCACUUCGACCCGCCGCCAGAGCUGCGCGGCAAGUUUGAACCGAAGCCACUUCAAUUACCACAACGCCCCAUGAGAUGA